AUGGCGCCGAAAGGUGCGGGUCUCGCCGCGAUGAUGGCCGGUAGGCCGGUGGUCGUCAAGAAGAAGCGCACCGUAUUCUGGCGAUUGAAGUUGCUCACAAGACAAGGCGGAUUGCACGUCGGCCUCAUCAUCGUGUGCAUUUUAUAUGCCUACUUCGGUGCAAUGUUGUUCAUGUCGAUCGAAAUGCCCGAAGAGGAGAAGCUGCGAAAAGAGGUCGAGAUCAAGUUUGAGAUGUUGAGAAGCAAUUUUAUGAGGAAUGUUGAAAUUGCGAAGAAUUCUCAUCAAGCGCAUUCUUCUGUUCUCAAUGAAAGUCUUGAGUUGAUCAUUGAUGACUAUUCAAAACAACUAAUGCAUUUAUUCUCAUCCCCGGUUCCAGCGAACAUGUUUGAUUGCAUGUUCUACUCCAACUCAAACUACACGCCAAUUUGGUAUUAUUCUUUCUUCGAAAUUUUGCAAAAAAUCUAUAUACAUUCAUAUUUGGGCUAUGGAUUUAUUGCGCCGCUGACAAAUAUUGGCCGAAUUCUGCUGUGCGUCUACGCCGGAUUCGGAAUUCCGUUGGCACUUGUGAUGAUGUCGGAUAUCGGAAAAUUCUUCUGCGAUUCUUUCGUCAAGCUAUUCAAUGAUAACGUAACUGCCUUCAUGUCAGUCUUAAUCAUCCUACUAUUUGCCUAUUCAAUUGUUGGCGGGAUGAUUAUCGCCAAAGGUGUCGGCAUGACGAUGAUCGAGGGCAUCUACUUCAGCACGAUCACAAUUUUCACAAUUGGCUACGGGGAUAUGAGUCCCGAUAUUCCUGGAUAUCUCGUUGUGAUAUUCACAGUCAUUGGCGUCUCACUAGUCACAAUUGCAGUCGACGUCGUCGCCGCCAACAUCAUCCACCAUAUUUCACUACAUGGGCCGGCAGAUGGGAAAAGCGCGACUAAUCGCCGACAAGAUGAUCACAGUGAGUUAUAG